CAAAAGUUUACAGUAAUUAUUUUUAAAGGACUGCAUAUGAGCAAGAUGUCUAUGAAAAGACUCUCGCUUCUGCUGCUGCUACAGCUGACUUGUUACUUUAGCGGUGGGAGUUGUGGAAAGGUGCUGGUGUGGCCAGUGGAAUUUAGUCCCUGGAUGAAUAUGAAGACAAUUCUGGAGGAACUUGUCACGAGGGGUCAUGAGGUGACUGUUCUGAUAUCUUCAGCUUCCACUAUUCCUAAUUCCAGCAAACCAUCUACUAUGAGAUUUGAGACUUUUCCUACAACUUUAACAAAAAGUGAUUAUGAGAAUUUUAUGGAACGUCUUCUUGAGGAAUUGACAUAUGUGGCGAAAGAUUCCUUUUGGUCCUAUUUGGCAACAGUGAAAAGUUCAUUUUGGGAAUUUUUUGAUACUGCUCUAAGUAUGUGUAAAGACGCUGUUUCCAACAAGAGAUUAAUGACAAAACUACAGGAAUCAAGGUUUGAUAUCCUUAUUGCUGAUGCUGUUGGACCCUGCGGUGAACUGCUGGCUGAAUUACUUAAAAUACCAUUCGUGUACAGUCAUUACACCUCACCUGGCCAUAUAAUUGAAAAGAAUAGUGGAAGACUUCCAUUCCCACCAUCUUAUGUACCUGUUAUGUUUUCAGAAUUAAGUGAUCGCAUGACAUUCAUGGAGAGGGUCAAAAAUAUGUUUUACACACUUUAUUUUGACCUUUUCUUCACAGCAUGCAACGAUAAGAAGUGGAACCAGUUUUACAGUGAAGUACUAGGAAGACCUACUACCUUAUCAGAGACAAUGGGGAAAGCUGAAAUGUGGCUCAUUCGAAGCUACUGGGACUUUUCAUUUCCUCGUCCACGACUACCAAAUGUUGAAUUUGUUGGAGGGCUCCACUGCAAACCUGCCAAGCCUCUGCCUAAGGAAAUGGAAGAGUUUGUGCAGAGCUCUGGCGAAAAUGGAAUUGUGGUGUUUUCUUUGGGGUCAAUGGUCAGUAACAUGUCAGAAGACAGAGCCGAGGUGAUUGCCUCAGCCUUUGCUCAAAUUCCACAAAAG